AUGUUAACAUCCCACAGAGAAGCGACCGCACCGUCCGCCUUCGAGCAAGUGCUAGAUAAUGUGUGGUGCACCAUUGGCACUAUGCAGUACGAGUGCUUCAACUCUGAUAUCAUCGACGUGUUGGAAGCGCUGGAGAGCAUCUUCCUGGUAGACAACAUCGCCUCCUACACACACGUAAUGAACAUUGCGCAGGAGCCCGGGACUAACUAUCGCAUAGAGCUGUACUCGCUCAUGGCACGGGCCAUUGCACGCAUUCGACACAGUGUGUUGCAUACAGAGACUAACGUGUACGACUUUGAUCACAUUACCAACGCACAGUUGAAUCCUUCCGACGUGCUUACCUACCUCCAACGUGCGCGACUGUUCUACUCCGCCCGCAUGGGGUUUACAGAGGGGUCUACAACGGGGCCUAAAGUUGCCGGCCGAACUACAGCCUUGACUAAGCAGAACUAUCAUCGUGAGAUCAACUACAAGGCGUUAGAGUGCUGUCUACGAGAGUCGUGCGCAUCGGAAGACUUGGUGCAUGAGGUGGAAGCCCUACCCGAGUUGUGUAACUUGGAUCCGGCAUUGACAGCCAUGCCUGUGUCACGGGUACCCUCCCGCGUGGACCAGAAGUUCUACUAA